AUGGCUACCCCUAGCGUUCUCGUCUUUGAUGCUGAGGGUCGGGCUGUUGACUUUGAGGUCUGGGUCGAUGAUAUACAGCUUUUCCUACAGUGCGAUAGGAAAGACGGUCUCUCACUGUUCGAUCUUACGUCUGGCGCCUCUGCUGCCCCUGCUGCCGAUGCUGACAGUACUGUUCGCUCACAGUGGGCCACACGCGAUGCUACUGCCCGUCUUGCUGUGCGUAGUCACUUGCCGUCCUCUGAGCGCGCGCACUUCAGUCAAUACAAGAGUGCUAGUACCUUGUACGACGCUGUAGUCGCACGCUACUCUUCCCCUGCCACUGCUGCCCUUAGCCGCCUCAUGCUGCCGUACCUGUUCCCUGACCUCGCCGCCUUUCCCACAGUCGCUGACCUCAUUACGCACCUUCGCACUAGUGACACCCGCUACCGCGCUGCGCUUCCUGCUGAGGACCACUUCCUCUCUGUUUGCCCCACCACACUCACCGUUGACCUCCUCGAGGAGCGCCUCCUGGCAGCUGAGAAGAGUAUAGUCGCUCUAGGAGCCUCUCGUGGUGACCCUCGUGCCCCCUUCUUUGAGGGGUGCUCCCCCUCCCCCCUUUUGCCCUCUGUUGCCUCUGCUGUUGCCGUCGACUUCGUUGGCACCGAGUCGCUUCGUGAGUGGUACACUGCGCGUCAGCGGGGUGGGAGUGCUGGUCCUUGUGCCUACGUCCUACGUACAGGCGAACGCACUGGUAAGCCGUCGGGGGUUGCUAUCUUUGAUCUGGAUUAUGAUGCCAUUCUUACUGCCGUGUAUGUUGUGUCUACUAGUGAUGAGGGUGACUGUUACCUGUGUGUUCCGCCUGACCCGGGCAUUGCGGCUGCUGCGCUAGGUGCUGGUGAGGCGGCUGCUCUAGGUGCCCGUGCGUCUGCUGCUCAAGGUGCUGGUGAGUCUGCUGCCCCAGGUGCUGGUGAGUCUGCUCUCUCAGGUACCACGUCGGCUCAGGCCUUACACACCUUCACCCUUGACUCGGGUGCUUCCCGCUCCUUCUUUCGAGACCGCACCACGCUUACGCUGCUUGUGUCUUACCUGUUGAGAUAG